UAUAUUUGUUACAGUUUUUGUGUGUUUUUUAACUAAGCAAUUCUAUUAGUAGUUGUACAUUACGAGCUUAAGAGGAGCACUUGAAUGCGUCAUUUUCCCAAGGAAACAGGGUGAAGGAAAAAAGUUGUUUUAACGGCUGUACUCAAAAACACAGCUGUUAAUUGUACUUUUUACUGUAUUUAGCGUCCUAAAUUAUGCAUUUAUCCGUGAAAGAAGUGUAUUAUUUAACUCUGCAACGUAACGACUAGCUUGUCUGUACUAUUUUUUAACCGUUAAGGCCUGUUUAAUUCCUUCAAAGUAAAAGUUUUCCAGUUAAAAAAUGCCGACUGAGUUAAAACAGAGGAAGAAGUCUCAGAAAGUGACCGAAACGUCUUCAGCAAACUGCGAAGAUGAGACUCAGAAAGAGAAGAUUGAGGCUGGAAACAACACAGGAGUGAAUAAAACAUCUUCUAGUUUGGAUAUUAGGAGUUUAAUGUGCUUAUUGUCGCUGGCAGCAUGCGGAGCUCUGACCUGGGUGGUGCUACUACAGAAUGAGAGGUUUUCUGAAAUAGAAAACAAGUACAACUCUUUACACGGAAAGACUUCGACUCUGUUCGACAUGGAGGAAGAAGUCCUGAAGGUUUCUAAGAAGCUUGCCGCCUCUGAGGAUGACCUACAGGAGGCGCUCUCCACCGUCUCCUUGGCAACACGACUCCAGCAGGACAUCUCCACCCUUCACGCUGCCGUUAUGGCGAUGCAGGCCGACGAGAACUCCGCCUCUCGUGACCUACAGACGGUCAACGCCCACUUCCUCAACGUGACGGAGACGUGGCAGGAGCGCCUGGCCGCCAUCACCUCUGACCUGACCGCCCUGAAGGCCGAGUCACGGGAAGCUCACGCUGGAGCCACAGAGCGGGUGAACGAGGCCGAGCGGAGGGCCCGGUCGCUGGCGGAGAAGUUGGAGGAGAUUGAGGACAGCACGAAGAGGAACGCCAGAGCAUUCGAGCGCACGGAGGGAGACGACACCAAGCGAGCGCAGGAACACCUGGACUGGAACACCAAGCAGAUCCACAACCUGGAGCAGCAGACGAGCAGCCUGAGCAAGAGGGAGGCUGAGCUCAGCUCCCAGCUCCAGGAGCACAUUCCCCGGGCACAGGAGUGUGAAGAGCACCUGCCCCAGGUGGAGGAGGCGGUGCGCUCCAUCCUGAGGCUGGCGGGGGAUCUGAGCGGUGCGGAGAAACGUCUGGAGGAGGUGACGCUGCAGGUGUUUGGGACUGAGGACAGCAUGCUGAAAGCGCUUAAUGAGAUCCUUCAGAUCAGACAGGAGAUGGACACCCUGCAGGCACAGAACAGCAUCCUGAAGAUGAAGAAUGAGUUGUCCGUGGUUAAAGAGGUGGUCCGUGAACUCACCAUGGUGCUGAGGGGGAAUACAGGCGACGGCCAAACGGACUCUGACACUCUGGAGGAAGAAGGAUGGAAUGAGGAGGAGGAGGAGGCGUGGGAAGAAUUUGACAAAGAUGAGACAACUCCACUUCUACAUGAUGACCUCACGGAAUAAUGUCAUUGUUUUGAGUCAACUAGAGAAAAGGAGUGACCCUGUCGUACUAUUUGUUGUAAAAGGCUACCAAAGUUCAGUAUUAAUGCUUUUCAAAAUCAGAUUAAUGUCAGAAAACUGGGGACUAUCGUUACAUAAAAGUUCCCUGGUUUCAUCAUGAACUCUGGCAUACAUGCACUGUAAUACACAAGUACAAUCAAGAAUGUUUAUUUAUUUCAUUUUUCUAGCAAAAAUUCCCAACAAUCUUUAGUUCUAGUUUCUGAAUUUUGCAGGUUUGCUGUUUUUCUUUGUCUUAUUCAAUUGUAAACUGAAUAUAUUUAGGUUUUGGACUGUUGUUUGUGGGGAAACCAGGCAAUAUAACAGUAUAUGUUGGACAUUUUUCACAAUUUCUGAUAUUUUCUAGACAAAACAACUAAUUGAUGAAUCAAGAAAAUAAUCGAUAAUGAAAAUAAACGUUAUAGUUGCAGCCCUAAACUUAAUUUCUGUCAGUGCUACCUUAGAUUUGGUACAAUAAUAGCUUUUGUAGAUGUAUGAUAAAUCAUGUUUUUUAUGACUAUUAAAAUUCCAUCUUUUGUAUUGUAUUUAAUAAAAUCAAAUUUUUUUAUUAAAAAGGGCUUAUAUGUAUUUAAUCCUGUUGUGUACUGAGGCACUAGUUUCUCUCCUCUGUUUUUCAUGAAUGGAAAUAACCUGAUAUGAUGUCUUGUAACGUAUGAUUGCUUUAAAUAACUA